UAAUUUUAUACUCUCUGAUUUCUGAAUUAGUUGUAAAGUGAACUUAGUAAGGAAUGACUUGUUUGUUAUUUUUCUUGUAAAUGAAAUCGCAAAAUGUACAUAUACGAAUUACCUUUUGAUAUAAAUAAAGAGUUGUGUAGAUUGCUCGAUAAUGACGAUGAUUGGAAGGAUCUUGCUGGUAUACAUAUGAAGUAUUCAGCUUUUGAAGUAAAUGAAAUAGAACAAAUAGCAAGGCGUCAGGCAUCCUCCCCAACUAAUCAGCUUUUUACAAGAUGGGGUCAAUUAAACCAUAGAGUGGAAGAACUAUUUAUUCUAUUAUAUAGAAUGAAACAUAUACCUGCUUUGCGUUGCCUGGUGCCUGUAGUUGAUGGAAGGUUCCAUAGAUUACUUCAUAAACAUGAUAGCAAGAGUAUUAGGGAUCGAAGUACUUUAGAUGUCAAUGCAAACAGACAGAUGACACAGAAAAUAGAGGGCAGUGAAUCAUCCUUACCGUUACCAGUCAUGCUGUUUGAAAAGAAUGGCCAAUUUCCAACACCAAGCCGAGUCUUUGAUGUACAUUCGCCAAAUCCACAAACUACAGAUGACACUAAUACCGAUUCAACAAAGAAUUCGUCUGCUCAAAGUCAAGGUGGGAGCUUAGGGGAUGAAUUUCUUAAGAGCAUAUCAGCUAUACCAAUGCUCAGCUAUGACGACUUAAGGACUGCAACUAAUGAUUGGAGCGAGGCCAAUUUACUAGGCAGAGGCGGUUUUGGACAAGUAUUUAAAGGCGAAUGGAAACUAUUACCGCUCGCUGUGAAACGCCUAAAGGACAACGAUGAUAAAAACAAGGAAUUAAUCAGAGAGAUGUGUCUGAAUCAGUAUAGACAUGAUAAUAUAUUGCCCUUAUAUGGAUAUAGUUUGGGAGGCCCGGAAGCGUGUCUGGUAUAUCAAUUAAUGGCGGGUGGAUCUUUGGAACAGAGAUUGAGAGGGAAGACAUUACACCGGCCCCUUUCGUGGGGACAACGGUACAGAAUAGCUCACGGUGUUGCCAGAGGACUCCAAUACCUGCACACGAUGGCUGGUACGCCAUUAAUUCAUGGAGAUAUUAAACCAGCUAACAUCCUACUGGACCAGUGCUCUAUACCCAAAAUUGGAGACUUCGGCCUUGCAAGGAAGGGCCCGUAUGGAGAGGAUCGGACGCAUUUGAAAGUCUCUAGAGUUCACGGUACUCGGCCCUACUUACCAGAUGAGUACUUACGGUCCCGGGUUCUAUCUCCUGCGGUAGACGUGUUUAGCUACGGAGUUGUGAUGCUGGAAAUGGCGACGGCCCUUCCGGUCCUCGACAGGACCAGGAAAGUUCUUCUGCUGAGUGAUUUCAUGCAUCAGCAGGCCAGGGAAAAUGUGCCUUUUUCUGUAUUAGAAGACCGUAUUCUCAGAGGGACUCCGAACUCAAAUCCCACACUUUGUUCAGCUUUUAUAGAUAUCGGUUUACACUGUACUAGACUAAUCCGACACGAAAGGCCAUCAAUGUUGGAUGUGUAUAAAAGACUUGAUGCAAUAGACUUUCCAGAUAAACAUUAUGCCUAGUAUUGCUAUUAAUAAACUGGCAAUGAACUAUUAUAACGUGGAUUAAUAAAUAGUCUGAAACUUUAAAGAAUUUAGAGAGUAUAGACACCAUUUAAAAUCACUAUACCCGAGACCAUAUUAUUUUUUUAUCACAACCAACCUGUCUUAAAAAAAACCCAAUAACCUAUCUCAACCCUCUUUUGACCAUCUGAGAUAGACAUAUUAAUCUAAAUAUUAAUAUGUGUGCCAAUAACCAAUCGACGGAUUGUAAUAGCCAUCUGUUGAAACAAGCUAUCAAAGGCAGACCUUUGUAUGAAAAUGACAGUUCAACUGUGCCAAUUUCCUAUCUUAAGAUUUCAACUUACACCAGUUUUUUUAAAUAAUUAAAAAGCUAUUUGAUAUGUUUUAAAUAUCGACCUGUAUAAUUUAAUAUUAUUUGUAUGUUUACAUUUACUUUAUUAGGUUUAUAUUGUAUCAAAUAUGAGUGUAAAGAGCUAAGAGAUUGAUUCUUUCCGUUGCGAAAAAUAAAUUGUCUCCGUAAGGUUUGGUUAUUGGGAUGCAGAUAGGAGAUCGAUCGACUGUCACGGUCUGAUCUUAGAUUAUGUUAAUUAUUGGGUUCAGGCGAAAGCCGACUCCCGAACGUCAAAAAUGGAUUGGGUUUUCAGAAAUCAGUUGCGAUAAGUUUUUCCAUAGUUAUUUAUGUUCCAAGUUGUCUUGAAGUAUUAAAUCAGCUAAAGCUAUACGAGAAACUUUGACAACUUGAAAAAUAUAAGUCCGUUGUUUCACAGUCAAAAUUUGUUACAUUUACGAAAAAAAUUGUCUCAUAUAAAUAAAUAAACGAUAUUCCAAGAAUUGUUUCUGCUAUUGGGCCGGAAGUGGCCUUAAACUAGUAUUAGUAGUAGUUAUUAAGACAUAUUUAUAUAAUCAUUGUUAUCGAAUGUUUUUUUUUUAUAUUUAUGUGACUGAUUCUACAUUGUAUUUUCUAAUAAAUUAUAUUUUU